AAUGUAAUAAAUAGUCUCUCAGAAUGUACUCGUGGCUGGUCCUGGGUUUGGUGGCGGCUGCGGCGGCAGCAGGAUACGAUUAUGAGUCAGACCCUGACAUCUACCAUGACAAGUGGUGGGGACCAGAAGGCAUGGAGGAAGAUACCAGUAUCAGACCCUUCAAGGUGGAAUGGAAAAAGAAGAUGGUUGAAGACUUACUAUACAGGUUGAAGAACAGGCGUCGCCUAACUCCGUCGUUGAAAGGCACCAACUAUAACUACGGCCUGAACACAGACACGAUGAGCUACUGGCUGGACUACUGGGCGAACAACUACAACUUCACGGCGCGGGAGGAGUACUUGAACCAGUAUCCUCAGUUCAUGACUGAUAUACAGGGACUGAGCAUACACUUCAUCAGAAUCGUGCCUGAGAUACCUGAAGGCAAAUACAGCAUCCCACUACUGAUGCUUCAUGGAUAUCCAGGAUCGGUGCGCGAAUAUUAUGAUGUCCUGUGGGAUCUCACCAAGCCCGCAGACAACAGAGACUUCGUGAUAGAAGUGGUGGUUCCCAGCCUGCCUGGCUACGGUUACUCAGAUGCCACUAACCUCGUAGGUCUCGGAUUUGCUGAAAUGGCGUUCAUAUUUAAAAACUUGAUGAACAGAUUAGGGCACGAGAAGUUCUACGUGCAGGGAGGUGAUUGGGGAGCGCUUAUAGGCGCCAACAUGGCCACCUUCUUCCCAGAAAUAAUUUUGGGAUACCACACCACCAUGCCUGUUGCGGCGACGGACGAAGCGCUCACCCUAAUCACGGCGGGCUCGUUGUAUCCAGCAGCUGUCGUGCCAACAGAAUUGACUAACCGUCUGUACCCGCUCCAGAACACAUUAGAAUACUUCGCGCAGGACUUUGGCUACCUUCAUAUACAAGCCGCAAAAUCAGAUGCUCUCGGUGUGUGUAUCGGCGAGUCCCCAACAAGUCUCCUGGGCUGGUUCCUGCACUUAUUCUCUAUAUUCAGCAGGAGAACGAACGGCAACGAUCCCAUGGGAGGGCUGGAGAUAUACUCCCGCGACCAGAUCAUCGACAACCUCAUGAUCUACUGGGACACUGAGACAGCCACCACCUCCAUCAGGCUUUAUGCAGAGAGUUUUAACAAGAAGACUUUCCGAUCAGGAUUUCUCAAUGCUCCGACCACAGUGCCGACUGUCGCUGUGCAAGCUCUGGGCGAAAUAUUCUACUUCCCCCCAGCAGCUCUGAAUACCAAGUUCACCAACCUUGUGGCGGUGGAUGUCCUCGACGACUACGGACACUUCCUUGCCAUGGAGCAGCCGCAACUCUUCGUGGAGCUAGUCCUAAGCGGUCUGCAGAGGAUCAUGCAGUUCAACAAACAGAACAUGGAUGGACAGAGUGAAUCAAACUGCAGCACGUCUGCUUAAUUGAAGACUUUAUAAAAUAAUACGCAUUAUCUGACAAUAAAUGAAGUAUAAAAUA